AGUCACACGUGUUCUGUGGCCCAAUGCAGUUCAGAUCUAUCCAGGCGCAAUGCAAGCUCUGCGCCUCCUGUUCGUAGUUACUGCUGUGCCCUUCAUGCGUAUAGUUGAGGGCGCUCAAGUGUGCGGUCUACGUACAGCCCAGGGCCGGACCUUUGUAAGGAAUGGCCAAGACACAACAAAUACUACUGAAAUACCUUGGAAUGUCAUAGUAUAUGACAUGAAAGUAAAAACAGGCCCGACGCAAAUUUGCGGUGGCUCUUUGAUUAAAACAGAUUAUUUCAUUUCAGCGGCGCACUGCUUUUACAUAAACAACAAAUUUCUUCGAAACGUCACUGAUUUUUCUGCUGUAGUCGGGGGUCUGUACAGCGCAUGGAAUGCUACUGAAGACACAAGGCAGCAUGUUCAGCUCAAACAGAUAUACGUUCAUUCCUUCACGGGACCGUUAAAGCUAUUCUCGAACGACAUUGCAUUGGUACUCCUUUCGACCCACGUAUCAAUUAACGUUAACGUUCUUCCUAUUUGCCUGGACUGGGGACAAAGGCUGCCACCACUUCCGUCCGGAACCCUAGGCUUGGUUGCAGGUUUCGGUGGUUACCGCGAUAUGCAGUACGACGUGCUCAAAUACACUACACUACCUUUUCUUGAUCACCAUGACUGUGAGAAAAAUACUUCGCUCAAUCUACAAAUGUACACAACCGUGGCUGACAAGUUCUGUGUAGGAGUUAAUAACGGCUCAGCUGUUGGUCCAGGGGACAGUGGCGGGGGUAUUGCAUUUGAGACAGAAGGAAAAUGGUUCUUGAGAGGUGUUGUUUCCCUCGGGGCGUACAACAAAGUAGAAAACUCGUUUUUCACUAACGUGGCUCAUCACGUAUCCUGGAUAUCAGACAUAGCUAAGGAAGUGGUUGUUCCAAACCUGGAUGCGAAAUGUUUACGCUGUAUCUGCGAAGCCGCCUCGGGUUGUAACACGACCUAUGGCUGCGCCCUUGGUUUCUGCGGCCCAUUUUACAUGUCCAGAGUGUACUGGAGAGAUGGUGGCAAGCCUGUGCUGCCUGAAGACGACCCAAUAAGAGCCGGAGCCUACGAAGACUGUGGCCGGAACUACACGUGUUCUGCUGUCACCGUCACCAACUACAUGUCAAAGUAUGGUCAGGACUGCAACGGAGACGGUCAUACUAACUGCGAUGACUACGCCAUGAUCCACUUUAAUGGUGGCAAUGCCUGCUACCAGCCAAUGGGAGACACUAACUUUUCGGCUAGGUACGAGCUCUGCCGGGCGGACACGCUGUCUCUACCGCCCAGAACAUAUCAUUCUCUUAUCAACUCAAGUACGGGGAUGGCUUCUGCUGAUACGAGCGCGUCCGUACUUCAAUGUGGAUGUUCCGCAAGUUAUGUUUUUGCAGCAGUGAUAGUUUCAAUGUGGGGUGCUGCGCGUCGCCCGCACUAUAUGCACCGUGCCUCAAUUCUCGCAGCGACGAGUUUUUAGGCGGGUUCCCGGAAAGAACGUGGCCUUUUAAAUUGUUCAUAAUAGCUUGCAAUCAUAAUAAAACGGCAUGCGACUGUGUCACAA